UCCAACAGUUCUCCCAACACGAAACGUGGACCUAGCGUGGAUGUUUGUGGAAAACAUUUCUACUGAGCUAUUUACGUUCUUAGCAGUGCGCAUUCAUUGACCUUUGUUUUAUCGUGUUCAACAAUUUUGCUUUUCAAUGUUAAUUCAUAUUGUAGCAUUUUAAACAUUUUAGCAUGCUUGCCAAAUGGCUAUGGGAAAAGUGUAGUUAUCAAGCGUGGACAGGUUUUUGGCGAUAUACUGUUGGGAGACAAACCCUAAUCAGUGCUAGAAAUAAUCAGUGGUAGAAACAAACCCUAAUCCGUGGCCGAAGAACACUAGUCAUUUGUCCACGAUUCUGGAUAAUGGAGGAGUUGAGAACACGGCCCAAGUUUAAGCAUCGCCUUCACCCAAUUGGAGAAGCAUUGAGCAGUUAUACCAUUCACAUUUUACAGAUCAUCUAAGCCAGUGCAAUUUGUGCAAAGUGACAGUAUGAAGGAGACAACAGCUAAGAGACGCGAAAAACCCAAGGAUUCCAAGGCUGAGAAACAGAAGGAUGCGGGCCCCGAGCCGCAAGAUGUGGAGAUGCCGGAGGAAGACUCGGCUACUGCAGAAAAGAAACCCAAGGAACUUGAUACUCUCACACUUGAAGACAUCAAGGACCAUGUGAAGCAGAUAGAGAAGGCUGUGUCAGGCAAGGAGCCCCGCUUUGUACUGAGGGCCCUGCGAGCCUUACCCUCCACCAGCCGCCGCCUCAACCCCAACGUCUUGCACAAGGCUGUGUCUGGAUUCUACACCUCCAAUGCUGCAGGCAAGGAGUUCCUACUCAGCUUCCUGGAGGAGCCCAUGGACACAGAGGGAGAUGUCCAGUUCAGGCCCCGUACUGGCAAGGCAGCCGCAACCCAGUUGAUCCCUGAGGUGGAGGCCUACCUGCAGCUGCUCUUGGUGGUCUACCUCACCAACAACAAACGUUACACAGAGGCCCAGAAGGUGUCAGACGACCUCCUGCAGAAGAUUGGCUCUCAGAACCGACGGGCCCUGGACCUGGUGGCAGCCAAGUGUUACUAUUACCACUCCCGUGUGUACGAGUUCCUCAACCAGCUGGACACUGUCCGCAGUUUCCUCCACACGCGCCUGCGGACAGCCACCCUGCGGCACGACGCCGACGGCCAGGCCACGCUGCUCAACCUGCUGCUGAGGAACUACCUGCAGUACAACCUGUACGACCAGGCCGAGAAGCUGGUCUCCAAGUCCGUCUUCCCCGAGCUGGCCAACAACAACGAGUGGGCGCGCUACCUCUACUACACCGGUCGUAUCAAGGCCAUCCAGCUGGAGUACAGCGAGGCCCGUAGAACCCUGACCAACGCCCUCAGGAAGGCCCCCCAACACACAGCUGUGGGCUUCAAACAGACGGUCCACAAGCUGCUGAUCGUGGUGGAGCUGUUGCUGGGCGAGAUCCCUGACAGGCUGCAGUUCCGCCAGGCACCCCUAAAGAGGUCGCUAGCGCCCUACUUCCUGCUCACACAAGCCGUCAGGACGGGUAACCUGGCCAAGUUCAACCAGGCCCUGGAUCAGUUUGGGGAGAAGUUCCAAGCAGAUGGCACCUACACCCUGAUCAUCCGCCUCAGACACAACGUCAUCAAGACGGGUGUGCGGAUGAUCAGCCUGUCAUACUCACGCAUAUCCCUGGCUGACAUCGCCCUGAAGCUGCAGCUGGACAGUCCAGAGGAUGCAGAGUUCAUCGUGGCCAAGGCUAUUCGCGAUGGCGUGAUUGAGGCCAGUAUCAACCACGAGAAGGGCUAUGUUCAGUCCAAAGAGACCAUGGAUAUCUACGGCACCAGGGAACCCCAGCUGGCAUUCCAUCAGAGGAUCUCCUUCUGCCUGGACAUACACAACAUGUCUGUCAAGGCCAUGAGGUUUCCACCCAAGGCUUACAACAAGGACCUAGAAUCAGCCGAGGAGCGCAGAGAACGGGAGCAGCAGGACCUGGAGUUUGCCAAAGAGAUGGCUGAAGAUGACGACGAUAGUUUUCCAUGAGCCUCUUAAACGGGCGUGUGUGAAGAUGCCUUGUUGUUUUUCAAUAUUUCUCCCUCUUGUAGAAGCUUUUUUCUUUUGGUUUAUCUGCAGGUUUAAGGCCAAUGUAACAUACAGUUAGAACAACUCAAUCCAGCUCUACCCACUGGUUCUCUGUCUGCUUCUAGACUUGGUCAGAUGUGUCACUGUAAACUUGUCAUCAAAUAAAAUCUCAAAUGUUCAAGUCCUUGUGGGAGAAGCAUUUGGUGUAUCUGUACUGACUAA